GUUGUGUAAAAGGCAAUGCAGGGGACCUAAAGGCCGCCAGGGAAGAUACUGCAUUUCAAGGAAUACAGCCAGCCUGAAAUAAUGUUGGGAUAUAAUUGUGUGGAACAGAUUUUGAAGAAAGUGAGCUUCACGGACCGGACUGCAUGUGUUGUAAAUCACCCGGCUCAAAUUUCUGCUUCCUCAUCCCCAGUCACUGGACAUCGGUAGCCGACUUGCCCGGCUGGCUAGCCCGCAGACCUUCCCUAAAUCUCUGCUCCAGAAUCAAGGAUCUCAUCUGUUUUUUUCUUAUAACGCGUUACGAAAGCUCGUCAGCAUCAAACGGAACCGACCCAAGCAUCUCUCUCCGGGUUGCUCUCAUUACACUAAAGGUAUGACCUGCUAGUCCUCUACUGCAGAUCUGACCGCUAGGAGCUAGCACCCUCUGGAGUUGGAUGGACCUCUCACAGCAUCCCUGCCGCCGGGGACGCGUUCAUGCCCGUCCUGCUGCUGCACCGGAAUGCUAGCUAACGAGGAAGUGGCUUUAACAUGACGAGGGACAAUUUGCCUCUCAACCACUGCAGGCUUUUAGGUGCUUCACAGACAUUUUUUAGAUGCCAAAUGUAAUGACCGUCCCGAGCUCGCACCAUGUACGUGGCUGGCCGUGUCUGUCUCCAGCCUUGCGGAUGACACUCACACAGGUACCGGCGUUUCAGAGCGAACAGCGGCGGCGCUGAUAACACGGUGUUGAGAGACUAGCGCCAAAGCUAGGAGGCUAACAGCACAAGAUAGAACCCCUAAACAACACCAAUGGUAUCCCAUAAGGUUUUAGUUGCAAUAAUCCUAUUAAAUGUGUAUGUAGGUGUACAGUCUGUUUUUUACUUUUUCGGGGGCGUCCUUUUGACGGGGCUGUUUGCUAUGGCAUAUUUGAAUGGACCCAGGCUGCUGGACUGGGCGAGUUCACCCCCACAUCUUCAGUUCAACAAAUACGUCCUAACGGGAUACCGGCCAAGCUCCUCUGUGCAAGACUGCAUCAGAAGCCUGUUUUACCUGCACAAUGAACUUGGAAACAUAUACACUCACGGCAUCCCUUUGGUUUGCUUCCUGGUGCUGUUGCCGCUCAACAUCCCCUGGUCUCAGAUCAGCGUCACGUGGCUGGGUGUGGUGCACUUCCUGGCCUGCCUGUCGCCCCAGCUGGGUUCUGUGCUCUACCACCUCUUCAUGAACCACGAGGGAGGGGAGCCCGUCUACCACACCCUCCUCAAACUCGACGUGUGUGGGAUCUGCAUGAUCAACACGUUGGGGGCGCUGCCCAUUGUCUACAGCACGCUGCUGUGCUACCCGUUCAUCCGCACUGUGGCCCUGUUAGUCUACAUCCUGCUGUCCAGCCACGCCAUCUACUGCGCCGUCACAGCGCGAAGCAGCGUUCGCCGGCUCCGCUCCUUCGCCUGGCAGGCGCUGUUCCGCUUUUCCUUUUUUCUUCUGCGUGGGGUAGGCAUGGGGGGUGGCAGCCCCACCUCACUUCGCCACUUCCUCAUGAUGGAUGCGCUGGCCGUGCUGGGCGGGGUCAUCAACAUCACACGCAUUCCGGAGCGUUUCCGCCCCGGCCUCUUUGACUACUGGUGCAACAGCCACCAGAUCAUGCAUGUACUGGUGGUAGGCUCCAUUCUUUACCUGCACUGGGGUGUGCUGGACGACCUGCUGUGGAUCAACAGCUACAACUGUCCCUCAGACUGACCCCCCCCUGCUGACCCCCCCCCCCCCCCCUCACAAGGAGCACUAGGAUCUAAAGUUCAAGGAAGGGGAGGGGGGUGUUUGCGUAGGGGAGGGGAAGAAGAAGGCAUCAGGGGGAACUGAUGCAGCGAGGUGUCGUACGUGCAUGUGUUCACCUCAUGCACCCAAACUCAGAAUGUCCAUAUCUACAUCCAUCCAGGUACUUUGUGCCAAUGCAGGCUCAAGUAUGUCAAGUUACAUGCACAAGCGUUUUGACUCUGUGUCUUUCCGUAAACAUGGACACACAGGAGUAUACGGACACACACACACACACACACACACACAAUGGUACAUUUUAAACACUAAAUAUAAUGACUGAGUAUUGAACACUAUGACAUCUUAAGUAAAGGUUCUAGAAAAGUUUGUGCUGAGUUUGAAGCCUUUGCCUAAUAAUAGAAGUUUUACUAAAGCAUUAGUUAGUUUGGUUGGGGAAGACGGUUCUAGGCUUGAAAAUAUCACAUGCUCAGUCCUCUCAGAUGUCACUGUUGCUAUCUAUGCAGCACAUCCAUAUGUCAUGCUCAACACACACACAACACACACUCUCAGACACCCUCUCACUUUUAUUUUAUACUACAUGUAUAUACUGUAAGUGCUGCACAAAGCACUCGUAGAGUUUCACUACGUCCAACUGACAGAGUUUUACUGGAAGGGUUCUUCCGUCCUUGUUUACUUGUUUUUUUGACACUGCCACUUGUUUCCUGUGUAGGUCUGAUUUGUCAGUAAUGUCACAAGAUGACGAACGAGGAAAUGAAAAUGGGUGCAGGGGUUCAUUCCUGAGGAUGCUAGCAUGUUGGCAGUUCAUGUGACUAGUGCACACAUUUAAAAACGGUGUUGUUGUAAGGAAGAUUGUAACCACUAUUACUCUUUACUGAAGAGGAGGUUUUAUAACCUUGAAGUGUUAAGCUGCGUUCAAAUCUUUUAUGCACAUUCAUUCUGAAGAAGAGCCCUUCAAUGUGCAAUUUAAUAUGACAGAACAGACAUGAACAAGCACUAUGAUGACAAAUACUACACUGAAAUAUUAAUUGUAAUUGUUCAUUCCCAAAGUAAUUGUUAAUACCUAAACAAUUAAAUAUCUUUACAAUGCAACUGACUAUUGGAACAUUAUGCACAAAACACUGUUGUGAAAUGUUUAAAAUUGUUAAUGUUUUUACUCAGUUGUAUUUACUUACAGAUACAGGUAACAUUGUGUUUCUGCCGGCUGUUUAAAAAAAAUCAGGUAGCUGUGCAGGACAACAGAUCAAGACAGAUGUCAGAGAAAAUCUUCUAUAACCGUGCAAAUCCAGAGGAUUAGCUCCUCAUAUAUUCUAACUACAUACUUUUUCCAAAAGGAUUUUUGACUACUCUGUCACUCAGUAAUAUUGUAAAAAAUGAUUUGUCUAUCAUUGCCAUUUACAAUAACAGUCACACCAAUCGGCAAGACAAACAGUCUUACAGAAUAGGAAUAUGAUCUUAGACUUUGAAGGUUUAAUGUCCUUUUUUAAAAACUUGAAGGAGAAUGUUUUUAUGUAUCUGGAUGUUUGCCUGGACAUUGACUUGAUAUCGAUGGAUUAUAAGGGUCACUCAUUGUUGCCACAGAAUGCUGCACUUUAUUGCCAAUAUUUAUGUUUUCUUAUUUAAAUGCGCCAAAUAUGCUCUGCAGUUGGAUUUGUGUUCUGUGAGAGGAUAUUUUUAACCUGAAUAGAGGUUAAACACUUGUGUCUUUUUGAGAGCGGAGUAAUGUUUUGCUGAGCUAGCUGAGAACCCACAGGAAUGAACCCCUGGGCCCUCCUCUUAUGUAUCAGUUCUGUGUGAAUGUCAAUGAUUGUUUUGCCACUGUGUUCCUCUGUGGUAUCUCACGCACUUCUCUUGAGUAAAAAAAAAAACUGCUCUGUUCCUUCAU